AUGGCUCCAUCUCCCAGGAGAAGCAGUAGGAAAGAUGCCAACGCCUUGCCAAGCAUGUCCUCAACUUUCUGGGCUAUCAUGAUCCUGGCUAGUCUCCUAAUCGCUUACUGCAGUCAACUGGCUGCAGGUACAUGUGAGAUUGUUACUUUGGACAGAGAUAGCAGUCAGCCCCGAAGGACUAUAGCCCGACAAACAGCUCGCUGUGCAUGUAAAAAAGGACAGAUUGCCGGUACAACAAGAGCAAGGCCAGCCUGUGUUGAUGCACGAAUUAUCAAAACAAAACAGUGGUGUGAAAUGCUUCCAUGUUUAGAAGGAGAAGGCUGUGAUUUGCUAAUCAAUAAAUCAGGCUGGACCUGUACGCAACCAGGAGGACGGAUAAAGACAACCACGACUGAAGACCAGCUGGAAAUGUCCUGA